UGGAGGGGCGCCGGGUCCCUCCUCUCCGGCGCCCGGGGCCUCGCGGGGGGCGGAGGGGACUGUCCCAUAUAAACCCCCGCUCCGGACUGGGUCGCCAGCGCCGGCUCUCAGCUGCAGGGGAACCCCGGGAACCGGGCGCCAGCGAGAGAGAGGGAACCUUCAGACACAACUUCUCUCCUUUCCCUUCCGUCAGUCCCUUCGCCCAGCUCCUGUCCCCAUCCUCCAGCCCCGGCCUUCUUGGAGGUGUCACCCCCAACCCCCCACCCCUCCCCAGGAGGCGCAGGAAGGGCUUACUCCAGCAGGCUGCGAAGGGGACCCAACUUGGUGGCAACUUGCCUCCUGGUGAGGGCGCCCCCUCCACCGCCGUCUCAAGAUGCUCAGGGCUCCCGGCCCCGGGCUGCUGCUGCUGGCCGCCCUGUGCCUGGGCUCCGCCGUGCCUGCCACCGGAGUCUCCAAGAGCAAGAGGCAGGCCCAGCAAAUCGUGCAGCCCCAGACCCCGGUGGCUGUCUCCCAAAGCAAGCUUGGCUGUUAUGAUAAUGGGAAACACUACCAGAUAAACCAGCAGUGGGAGCGCACCUACCUGGGCAAUGCCUUGGUCUGUACCUGCUAUGGAGGGAGCCGAGGUUUUAACUGCGAGAGUAAGCCUGAACCUGAAGAGACUUGCUUUGACAAGUACACUGGGAGCACUUACCGAGUGGGUGACACUUAUGAACGACCUAAAGAUCACAUGAUCUGGGACUGUACCUGCAUUGGGGCUGGCCGAGGGAGAAUAAGUUGCACCAUUGCAAAUCGCUGCCAUGAAGGGGGUCAAUCCUAUAAGAUUGGAGAUACUUGGAGGAGACCGCAUGAAACUGGUGGUUACAUGUUGGAGUGUGUCUGUCUUGGGAAUGGAAAAGGAGAGUGGACCUGCAAGCCCAUAGCUGAGAAAUGCUUUGAUCAUGCUGCUGGGACUUCCUACGUUGUUGGAGAAACGUGGGAAAAGCCCUACCAAGGAUGGAUGAUGGUGGAUUGUACUUGUCUGGGAGAAGGCAAUGGCCGUAUCACCUGUACCUCUAGAAACAGGUGCAAUGAUCAGGACACAAAGACAUCAUAUAGAAUUGGAGAUACCUGGAGCAAGAAGGAUAACCGGGGACACCUGCUCCAGUGCAUCUGCACAGGCAAUGGCAGAGGGGAGUGGAAGUGUGAAAGGCAUGCGUCUCUGCAGACCACCUCUACCGGAACUGGUACCAUCACAGAUGUCCGGACAGCUAUUUACCAGCCCCAGCCUCAACCUCAGCCAGUUCCACAUGGCCACUGUGUCACAGACAGUGGUGUGGUUUACUCUGUGGGGAUGCAGUGGCUGAAGACACAAGGAAAUAAUCAGAUGCUCUGCACUUGUCUGGGCAAUGGAGUGAGCUGCCAAGAGACAGCUACAACCCAAACAUAUGGUGGAAAUUCCAAUGGGGAGCCCUGUGUCCUGCCAUUCACCUAUAAUGGCAGGACUUUCUAUUCCUGUACAACAGAAGGGCGGCAGGAUGGACGUCUCUGGUGCAGCACAACUUCCAACUAUGAGCAAGACCAGAAGUAUUCUUUCUGUACUGACCAUACUGCUCUGGUUCAAACCCGUGGUGGAAAUUCCAAUGGUGCCUUGUGCCACUUCCCUUUCUUAUAUAACAACCACAACUACACUGACUGUACGUCUGAGGGCAGGAGAGACAACAUGAAAUGGUGUGGAACCACCUGGAACUAUGAUGCUGACCAGAAGUUUGGAUUCUGCCCCAUGGCUGCUCAUGAGGAAGUCUGCACAACUGACGGGGUCAUGUAUCGCAUUGGAGAUCAGUGGGAUAAGCAGCAUGAUAUGGGCCACAUGAUGAAGUGCACAUGUGUUGGGAAUGGUCGUGGGGAAUGGACAUGUGUCGCCUAUUCCCAACUCCGAGGUAUGCUUUGUUUAUCAAAGAAAACAUUCAAGGGGCAGGGCUAGAUAGCAUAAUGGCUA